UAUCAUAAAGAUACUGACUAUAUUUUCGUAAAACUGAUCACCUCCGGUGAAAGUUUACGCCAGUCUCAACAGUUGGUUUUAUACAUCAGAGAGAUUCAAACGUGAGACGGAAAAUAUUCAUUUUUUAACUAUUAAAGAUAAACAAUCUUCGUGACAAAAUUCAUCCAGCUAGAUUUCGAUUUCACAUUCUGCACAUCAUCAUCACUUGAUAACGAUGUCACGUCCAAUUUUGUAUUCAACUCAUAUCAGCCCACCUUGUCGCGCUGUCCUUCUCACAGCUGAAGCUAUUGGUUUGAAGUUAGAGAUAAGAGAGAUCAAUUUGGACGCGAGAGAGCAAUUCAAUGAACCCUUCAAGAAAAUCAACCCACAACAUACUGUACCAACAUUGGAUGACAACGGGGAUAUUAUUUGGGACAGCCAUGCAAUUAUCUGCUACUUGACGGGAAAAUAUGGAAAAAAUGAUGCCCUUUACCCCAAGGACCUGAAGAAGAGAGCAAUCGUUGAUCAACGCCUGCACUUCGACAGUGGAAUACUAUUCGCACUUUUGAGAGGAAUAGCUAAACCAAUACUGCGAGAUGGUGUAACUUCAGUUCCUGAGGAAAAAAGAAAACUUGUGCUAGAGGCUUAUGAAUUCAUGAAUAAAUUUCUGAAUAAAAAAAAAUGGCUAGCCGGCGAGUCCUUCACACUUGCGGAUAUCAGUUGUGUUUCUACGUUGAGCAGUUUAGAUGCUCUUGUCCCGAUCUCUUCAUAUCCAGAUGUCGUACGCUGGUUGAAGACUUGUGAAAAUGAAAUCCCAGGAUACGAAACAAAAAAUUCACCUGGGAAUAAAUUGUUCACGGAAAUUCUGAAAUCAAGUCUGAAGGAAUAAUAAUUCAAUUACUCGACUCCUCUACAUGGAAUAAUUAAAAUCCAAAUCACAUCUAUUAUUAUAUUAUAUAUAUUUUAGAAAUUGUUGUUGCCUGUGCAUCACAAUAAAAUAUUUCUUUCUGUUA